AUGGAACAAUUCACGCCUCCAUUGAAGGUUACUAAAGUUUUAUGGGAAAUGCCACCACAAGGAUGGAUCAAAGUCAAUUGCGAUGGGGCAUCGAGAGGAAAUCCAGGCAGGAGCUCAAUUGGUUACACACUUAGAGAUGAUGAAGGCAACAUAAAUUAUGCUUGUGGAAUGUUGAUACAUGAAACAACAAACAACGAGGCAGAGGCUUUGGCAAUUGUUGAAGAACUAAAAUACUGUGAAGCGAAAGGAUUCGCGCAAGUUAUUUUGCAAACUGACUCGCUCCUCUUGAACAAUGCUAUAGAAGGAAUUUGGGCUGUUUCGUGGGUCAUUGCAGAAUAUGUAGAUGAAAUCGCAAAGGCAAUGUCAAGAAUUCAUGUGAAACUAUCACAUAUCAUGAGAGAAGGGAAUUGCAGACCAUCUAGCGAAUCAAGCACUUGA